AUGGCUUAUCCUCCCUUGUUCUUGUACAUCCUCCUGGUCGUAUUUGGCAGCUACCUUUCCACCAUUUCUGCUGCAGGCGACGGUCAUUUCAGACACAAGAUGUCUGCUCCACCUCCACAUCCACAGGUACGUACGUAUGACGCUCGGAUAUAUGUUUCAGUGGCGCCACGGCCAAACGGCGCCGCUGUGCCGCUGGUGCACAGGCACGGACCCUGCGCCAAGUCGCCGUCGACCGACAAGCCAUCAUCUUUCGCCGAGACGCUUCGCAGAAGCCGCGUCCGCGCAGACUACGUCAUGAGCACCAUGCAGAUGCAGGACCAGGAGGAGGGCAAGGUGAGCAUCCCGGCGCACCUGGGCACCUUCGUGGACUCGCAGGAAUACGUGGUGACGUUGGGCCUGGGCACGCCGGCCGUGGAGCAGGUCCUCCUCCUGGACACCGGCAGCGACCUGUCGUGGGUGCAGUGCGCGCCAUGCAACUCCACCGACUGCUACCCUCAGAAGGAUCCCUUGUUCGACCCGCGCAAGUCCUCCACCUACGCUCCCAUCCCCUGCGGCUCCGACGUGUGCAAGAUCCUCCAGUCCGACGACCACUUGAACAAUGGCUGCAGCAUGAACGGCAAUGGCACCCAGUCCCAGUGCGGGUAUCGAGUCGAGUACGGAGGAGGGUCAAAGACCAGCGGCGUGUACAGCAACGAGGCGCUCACGCUGGCGCCCGGCGUCAUCAUCAAGGACUUCCAUUUCGGAUGUGGGUACAAGCAGGGUGGCCCCAACGACAAGUUCGACGGCCUGCUCGGGCUUGGCCGCGCGCCCGAGUCGCUCCCGGUUCAGACCUCCGCGCUCUACGGCGGCUCUUUCUCCCACUGCCUCCCGUCGGUGAGCAGCGGCACCGGGUUCCUCGCCCUUGGCGCGCCCAGCAACACCUCGGGCUUCUCAUUCACGCCCAUGACCCAGUUUGUGGAUUCCGUCACCGACUACGUGGUGAAGCUCACCGGCAUCAGCGUCGGCGGUAAGCAGCUCCGCAUCCCAGGGAAGGUGUUCGAGGGGGGCCUGAUCGUGGACUGCGGCAAUAUCAUCUCACAUCUGCCGUCGACGCCCUACGCGAAACUGCGGUCCGCGUUCCGGGCGGCCAUGGCGGCUUACCCGCUCAUCCCGAGCGACGACCACGACACAUGCUACAACUUCACAGGAUACAGCAACGUCACCGUGCCCAAGGUCGCUCUCACAUUCACCGGCGGCGUCACGAUCGACCUCGACGUCCCCAAUGGGCUUCUGUUGGACGGCUGUCUGGCCUUCACCGACUCCGGGUCAGAUGGUUACGUCGGGUUCCUCGGCAAUGUCCAAAUGAGAACGUUGGAGAUGUUGUACGACGUUAGGGGUGGUAGACUCGGAUUCCGGGCAGGUGCCUGCUGA